CUGAAAUGACACGAUUGUGCUUCGUCUUCCUGCUGAUGAGUAACGCCGCUUCGGUCUCCACGCAGUUUAAUGGAUACAACUGUGACGCCAGCUACCACAGCAGGUUUCCUGGUGAGAGGGACAUCAGUGUGUACUGCGGGGUCCAGACCAUCACCUUGAAGAUCAACUUCUGCCCCGUGCUCUUCUCUGGCUACACCGACGCAGAUUUGGCACUAAACGGUCGCCACAGUGACACCCAAUGCCGUGGCUUCAUCAACAACAACACCUUCCCCACAGCGGUCCUGUUCAGCAUCAGCCUCAGCACUCUGGAGGCCUGCGGUAACAGCCUGGUGGUCAGCACAGCCUUUGGGCCCAAUGCCUAUGGGAACAUGUCUCUGGUACAAAUUGGGAAUGUCUCAGGAUAUAUCGACACCCCUGACCCACCAGCUAUAAUCAGCUACCUGCCCGGUUUGUUGUAUAAAUUCAGCUGCAGCUACCCCCUGGAGUACCUGGUCAAUAACUCGCAGCUGGCAUCCUCCUCUGCUGCAGUGUCUGUCAAGGACAGCAAUGGUACAUUUGUGAGCACGUUAAGUAUGAUCCUGUACAACGAUUCAACGUACAAUCAGCCUCUCUCUAUUCCAAUGGCUGGACUGGCUUUAAAAACCAGAGUGUUUGCUGCUGUGAAGGCCACAAACUUAGACAAACGGUGGAACAUUUUGAUGGACUACUGUUACACAACCCCCUCAGGGAAUCCUAAUGAUGAACUCCGCUAUGAUCUUUUCUUUGGCUGCUACAAAGACCCACAGACGACAGUUUUCGAGAAUGGGAAGAGUCAGAUGGGACGGUUUUCCUUCGAGGUUUUCCGUUUUGUUAAACACAGACACCAGAAGAUGUCAACUGUGUUUCUGCACUGCGUCACCAAGCUGUGCCGGGCUGACGACUGCAUCAUGCUCAUGCCAAUUUGUGGGCGACGGCGCAGGCGGGAGGGAGGGGAGAGCCUUGAUUCCCCACCCGUAGCAUCUGGGAACACCGUCAUCACCGCUGGACCAAUCAUCACAAGGAGUGAUGAAACUCCUGUCAACAACUCCCAACUCGCAUCUGGCGGCCCCACCCAGCCAAUGAACCCAGUAACCAGCGCUCUGAUCUCAGGUGUGGUCGUCCUGGGCGGGGUCAGCGUGGGCCUGUUCCUGCUGUCGCUCCGCCUUCUGCAGAAGCCCCGCCUCCCGACAACCACAGCCUCAGGUGUUUGGAACCCCACCUUUAAAUGAAUAAACUGAUCUGUAUAUAAUGACAUGUUGGCACUGAUGAUAUGUGCAGAAUGUGUACAGGUGUUGGGUACACAAACGGAUGUGCAUGUGUGCUUUCCUUUGUACACAUAUUAUUAAAUGUGUAUAUUUUAUUGUUGUAGGCGUUGUGUAUUUAUUGCCUUCAAUACCUCAUUGUUUUUAUUACCCAUUGUUAUCUAUUGCUUGGUCAAUCACAGUGUUUACAGAAGCUUUACACUCGUAACUCAUAAUGGAUAAACGUUAAUCUUUAGAACUUGUAAUAAAAAAAUUGCAUCAGAAAUAUUCCCUUUCUUUCUUUUAUGUGGGCCAACACCUCAGUUGUGUUGAAAAAAAAACACCCUUAUUUUGAUUUAUUUUUAUCUUUUUUUAAUCAAUUUUAUAAAGUUUGUCAAUAGA